CCAGCUGCUCGAGUCAGGCUCCCGGUUGCCUUUAAGGGCGUUUUUGGGGGAGGCGAGGGGAGCGGAGCGGGGCCGGACUUGGAGCGCGCCGUGCAGCUGGGGAGAGGGAAGAGGAGAAGAAAGAGGGAGAAGAAGCGAGAGAAGGGAGAGGAGCGGUGGAAAAAGUCGACCGGGACCCCAUUCCUCCCCAGGGCAGGGGCCGGCGCCCCGGGCUCCCCAGCCCCCGGCCGCCCCGGGGGUGCGGAGGGGAGCGGGGAGCCGGCGGGACCUCCCCGCGCCCCUCCAUCGCCGGGGUCCCGCUUCUGGGGAGCGAAACCCUUCGGCUCUCCCCUCCUUCCCUCCCCUCCCUCCUCCCUCCCUCCUUCCUUCCUUCCUUCUCCAGGCUUGGCCCGGGGAGGGAGGGGGGCUCUGCCUGCAGUCUGCCUUCACUCCUGCCCGCCCGGGCGACGCCGGGCUCCCGCCUGCCCCCCGCGGCCCCUCCGGCCGCCCCCCGCGCCCCCCGGGCCAGGUGAGGCUGCGGUGCCGUCCCUCUCGGAUGUAGGCAGGCGAGACCCCGGAUGGAUUUCGGGAGCGUCAUGAACCAGGCUGUGACCCCCUGCUCCCCAACUGUCAACUAUGAGCUGGAAUCCACAAAAUCCCCCAGGAGUGGGCAGUCACGCUGCAAAACAUCCAGAAGCAUGAGCCUGACUGCAGCCAUGGAGAGCAGCUGUGAGCUGGACCUGGUGUACAUCACGGAGCGCAUCAUCGCUGUCUCCUACCCCAGCGCAGCCGAGGAGCAGAGUUACUCCAGCAACCUCCGGGAAGUGGCCCACAUGCUCAAGUCCAAGCAUGGGAACAACUAUGUGCUUUUCAACCUCUCUGAGCGGAGACGUGAUGUCAACAAACUUCACCCCAAGGUGCUGGAUUUUGGAUGGCCUGACAUGCACACCCCUGCGCUGGAGAAGAUCUGCAGCAUUUGCAAAGCCAUGGACACGUGGCUCAACGCAGCAGCACACAACGUGGUGGUGCUGCACAACAAGGGGAACCGUGGCCGGCUGGGGGUGGUAGUGGCUGCCUACAUGCACUACAGCAACAUCUCAGCCAGUGCUGACCAGGCUCUGGACAGGUUUGCCAUGAAGCGCUUCUAUGAGGACAAGGUGGUACCUGUGGGACAGCCAUCCCAGAAGAGGUACAUCCAUUACUUCAGUGGGCUCCUCUCUGGCAGCAUCAAGAUGAACAACAAGCCCCUCUUCCUCCACCACGUCAUCAUGCACGGCAUCCCCAACUUUGAGUCGAAAGGCGGUUGUCGGCCCUUCCUGAAAAUCUACCAGGCCAUGCAGCCCGUCUACACUUCGGGAAUCUACAAUGUGCAAGGAGACAGCCAGACGGGCAUCUGCAUCACCAUUGAGCCUGGCUUGCUGCUCAAGGGCGAUAUCUUGCUGAAGUGCUACCACAAGAAGUUUCGCAGCCCUACCCGUGAUGUGAUUUUCCGUGUGCAGUUCCACACGUGUGCUGUGCAUGAUCUUGACGUCGUCUUUGGCAAGGAGGACCUGGAUGAGGCCUUCAGAGAUGACCGCUUCCCUGAGUAUGGGAAGGUGGAGUUUGUGUUCUCCUAUGGCCCUGAGAAGAUCCAAGGCAUGGAGCACCUGGAGAACGGGCCCAGUGUUUCUGUGGAUUACAACACGUCCGACCCACUCAUCCGGUGGGACUCCUACGAGAACUUCAACAUCCAGCGCGAGGACAGCGCAGAGGGGGCCUGCGCUGAGCCACCCCUGCCCAGCAAGCACCUGGAGAAAGAGGUUGGGCACACACAAGGGCCCCUGGAUGGGAGCCUCUACGCUAAAGUGAAGAAGAAGGACUCCCUCCACGGCAGCACCGGUGCCGUCAACGCUGCCCGACUCCCGCUCUCGGCAGCACCCAACCACGUCGAGCACACACUCUCAGUGAGCAGCGACUCGGGCAACUCCACCGCCUCCACCAAGACUGACCGGACCGAUGAGCCGGGGGUGACUGGGGCACCCAGUGGCCAGGCGGUGCUGAGUCCUGAGGAGAAGCAGGAGCUGGAUCGUCUCCUUGUUGGCUUUGGCUUGGAGAGCGUGCCGCCCAUGCACAACCACGUGCCCGGCCCCGUGCCGGCACGCCUGCCCGCCAUGCCAGGCCGCCACGUGGUGCCGGCUCAGGUGCACGUCAAUGGGAACGCUGCGGCACUGGUGGCCGAGCGGGAGACGGAUAUCUUGGAUGAUGAGCUGCCCAACCAAGAUGGGCACAGUGUGGGCAGCCUGGGCACGCUCUCCUCCUUGGAUGGCACCACCACUGCCAGUGAGACCGGCUACCAGGAGGCACCUCGGGUGGGCAGCCUGUCCUCUCUGCCCAAUGGCCCCUCGAGCUGCAAUGGGGCUGAGAAGCUGCUGAAGGAGGGGCUGUACGAUGGCGAGCCGCUCUCCAAUGGUGGCUACCCCUACAACAACCAGAACACCCUGAUGGGCCACCACCUCCGUGACACGCUGCCUUCCUUGCGGGCCUCGGCAUCCGCUCAGGAGCACCUGGCUGGCUACCCACAGCGCCUACCGGGCUCCCACGCCCCAGGGUGGCUCCAGCCUCAGCCACUGCCCAGCUCCCAGCCCUAUCUGUACGCCUACGACCACCCCGGAACCUACCGCUCCCGGUCCUUCCCGGCAGUGGACACUGCCAAGUACGACGUGAACCCGGCGCUGCCCCAGGCCCCAGCUCGCAGUACCAGCAGCCGGGAGGCUGUGCAGAGGGGCCUGAAUUCCUGGCAACAGCAAGGAGGAAGCCGGCCACCUUCCCGGCUGCAGGAAGGUGGCAUGGAGAGCCAUAGCCCCAGCAUCUCUAGCUGCAGCCCCCAGCCCAGCCCGCUGCAGACGGUGCCCCCACACAGCCACAGCAUGCCUGAAUUCCCCCGGGCUCCCUCUCGCCGGGAGAUUGAGCAGUCCAUUGAAGCAUUGGAUGUCCUCAUGCUGGACCUCGCACCUGCCGUCCACAAGUCGCAGAGUGUGCCUGCCACCUCCCGUCAGGACAAGCCAGCCGGACCCCUGCCCUCCUCCCUCUCGACCCAGCCCAUUGCUGGCCUCUACGCCCGGCCAACUCCACAGGUGGCCCAGCCGAGGUCCUUAGGCACGUCGGUGAGCCCCGUGGUCGCUGAGCCCGGGGGCAAAGCCUAUUCUCCUGGAGAGCUGGACUACGGGGUGCAUGAUUAUCGGGAAACCUAUUCACCCUACAGCUACCAGCUGGCACCACUGCCAGAGCCCAGGAGCUACAGCCAUGCCCCGGCCGGAGCACAGAUGGGCACUGCCCCACUCACCACCUUGUGCUACAGCCCCGUGGGGUCUCAGCAGCAACUCACCUCCUCCCCACCUUCCCCCACCGUCCCAGCACAAAACCAGAUGCCCUUGAAGGGACCGGAGAGCUAUGAAGACCUGUCAAGGUCAGCAGAAGAGCCCUUGAAUCUGGAGGGCCUGGUGGCCCACAGGGUGGCAGAGUACAACGCCAAGCUCAGGGAACUGAACAAGAGCACCAAAGUCCCCCGUCCUCCUCUGAGCCAGCAGCGGUCCUUCUCUGGGGUGCAGUCCCGGGAGAAGCCUCUGGAGGAGAGCGCUGUUCCCGCCCGCAAGCGGACUCCCAGCGACAGCCACUAUGAGAAGAGCUCGCCAGAGCCCAGCUCGCCCCGCAGCCCCACCGUGCUCUCACCUGAGGUGGUCAGCACCAUCGCAGCCAACCCUGGAGGGAGGCCCAAAGAGCCUCACCUCCACAGCUACAAGGAAGCCUUCGAGGAGAUGGAGGGUGCCUCCCCCACCAGCCCACCCUCCAGCGGCGGUGAGAUUUCUCCCCCCACCCCAGCCUUCCCUGUGUCACCACAAACCCCUUACUCCAACACCUUGCGUUCUCCCCCUGGCCUGGCCAAGACCCCGCUCUCAGCACUGGGGCUGAAACCCCACAACCCAGCUGAGAUCCUGCUGCAUCCAGUGGGAGAGCUAGAAGGGGAAGCAGGCGUUGACUCUGAAGAAGAGCCCAGGAGCUAUGUUGAGUCAGUGGCACGCACGGCCACGACGGGCAGGGGAGGGACACUGCCCGCUGCCCAGCCCGCUGUCCAGCCCGCUGCCCAGCCUGGAGGCCCAGAGGUGCCCACCAGGAAUGGCACUUUCUCCAACUCCUUCAUCGCCCCCAGCCCUGUCUCCACCAGCAGCCCUAUUCACAGCAUGGAUGGGGCCUCCCUGCGCAGCUACCCAUCAGAAGGCAGCCCCCAUGGCACGGUUACGCCUCCCCAUGCCUCAGCCGAGCCCUUGUACCGGUCGCCUGUUGCCUCACAGAUGCCCUCUGCUCACAGCAGCUACCAAAACUCGUCUCCAUCUUCAUUUGCAAUGGUCCAAGGAGGGGUCCCGAGCUCGGCGUACAGCAGCCCUGAUUACCUUGAUGGCCGAGCUGGCCUCCAGCCAGAACCCCAAGCUCGGCCACAGCCACAGGUUAAUGUGGUGGGGGUCCACACUCUGCCAGGGAGCCCCCGCAGCCUGCACCGGACAGUGGCUACGAAUACACCGCCCAGCCCUGGCUUCGGGCGAAGAGCCAUCAACCCCAGCAUGAGCAGCGGUCCUGGCAGCCCCAGCCUGGGCAGGCAUGCUGUGGUGGCCCAUGGCAACCUGGUGGCCCCACCAGGGAGCCCCAGCCUGUCCAGGCACCAAGCAGCGGCAGCCACAUCCCCUGGCAGCCCCCUUUAUGGCUACUCCAGCCCAGAGGAAAGGCACCUGACACUGUCUCGGCAGAGCAGCUCCUCUGGCUACCAGCCUCCCUCCACGCCGUCCUUCCCCGUCUCCCCGGCGUACUACCCUGGCACGAGCACGCCGCACUCCUCCUCCCCGGACUCGGCUGCCUACCGCCAGGGCAGCCCCACCUCGCAGCCUGCUCUGCCUGAGAAGCGGCGCAUGUCAGCUGGGGACCGCUCCAACAGCCUCCCCAACUAUGCCACUGUCAACGGCAAGGUGUCCUCACCCCUCUCCAGUGGCAUGUCCAGCCCCAGCGGUGGGAGCGCUGUCGCCUUCUCCCACACUCUGCCGGACUUCUCCAAGUUCUCCAUGCCAGACAUCAGUCCUGAGACUCGUGCCAAUGUCAAGUUUGUGCAGGAUACUUCCAAGUACUGGUACAAACCAGACAUCUCCAGGGAGCAGGCCAUUGCCCUGCUGAAGGACAGGGAGCCGGGGGCUUUCAUCAUCCGAGACAGCCACUCCUUCCGGGGAGCCUAUGGCCUCGCCAUGAAAGUUGCUUCUCCGCCUCCCACGGUCAUGCAGCAGAACAAGAAAGGAGACUUGACCAAUGAGCUGGUGAGGCACUUCCUCAUUGAGACUAGCUCACGAGGUGUGAAACUAAAAGGAUGUCCCAACGAGCCUAAUUUUGGCUGUCUCUCAGCACUGGUGUACCAGCACUCCAUCACACCCUUGGCCCUGCCCUGCAAGCUGGUCAUUCCUGACCGAGAUCCCAUGGAGGAAAAGAAAGACUCUGCUUCAGCCACCAACUCAGCCACGGACCUCCUCAAACAGGGUGCAGCCUGCAACGUCCUCUUCAUCAACUCAGUGGAGAUGGAGUCUCUGACGGGCCCCCAGGCCAUCUCGAAGGCUGUUGCUGAGACGCUGGUGGCUGACCCCACGCCCACAGCUACCAUUGUUCACUUCAAAGUCUCUGCACAAGGCAUCACCUUAACGGACAACCAGAGGAAAUUGUUCUUCCGAAGACACUACCCCCUCAAUACUGUCACCUUCUGUGACUUGGACCCCCAGGAACGAAAGUGGACUAAAACUGAUGGCAGCGGCCCAGCCAAGCUCUUCGGCUUUGUGGCCCGGAAGCAAGGGAGCACCACAGACAACAUCUGCCACCUCUUUGCUGAGCUGGACCCCGACCAGCCAGCUGCAGCCAUCGUCAACUUUGUGUCCAGGGUCAUGCUUGGCUCCGGCCAGAAGAGAUGAGCUGGCACUUGCGGGUGAUUCUUGAAUUUUGGAGAAGGACUUGGAGCUGAUCCGAGAAGGAGUGUGAGGAAGUGCAUUGUGGGAGAGGGAAGUGAAUUGGGGGGGGGGGAAGGGUUGGAAUUUUGGAGGAAAGCAGCAAACAACAAAAAAACACCAACAAAAGCCCUAAAAACUCAACACAAGCCAAACACACACGUAGAGGAACCAAAGCCACGCACCUACGGAGAGCCACAAAGUCACGCCAGACAGGACGCAUGUCCCAUUGCAGGGAAGGUGACCAAAGCAAAGGCGGCAGUGAGGGGUGUGUUUCCAGCUUUCAGCAUCAUGGCCUCAAGUGGUGACAUCCAUUUGGGACUGAAUGUGGGACCAUGACUGGUGUUUUCCAUCUGGAAAAAAAAGAGGCAACUGGCAAAACCCAUGGAAGAAGCUUCAUCCCAGCAGCUCCAUCUGCUGUGUGUUUGAACUGACAUGUAGGAGAUAAUGGCAUACACUGGGUCUGUGGGACACCAGAGGAGAUGCUUUCAGAAACCUUCUCUUGUCCAGCUGCAGAGGAGGGUCCUCACUGGUCCCUGUGCAUCCCCUAAAACCUGCUCAUGACCUGGUAACUUGCUGGGGACAUGGGGAAAUUGGUCCUGAACCUUCCACUCCCUGGGAAACUUGGCCAUGGGCUGACCUUUGCUGACCCAGAGGCCAGCACCAGUCACAGGUGAGAUGCUGUGAGUACACCCGGAGAGGGGGGUCAAGCUGUUUCUCCACUUCCCCAGAGGUUCUUGUUCCCCCAGCCUGUGAGGAGGUGUGGGGGUUCCUGCCACCCAGCACCUGGGAAAGGUGGAUACUCCCCAAGAACCUGGAGGAUGCAGAAAGUCGCCUCCUCUCCCAUCUUUCCCUUUUCCCUCCCAUCACUAGUCCUCUUUGACAGUUUUCUCCUGCGGCCUGUCACAUUCUCUUAACACAAAAAAAGCAAAACAGAAAGGAAAAGAAUAGUUGUAAUAAUAAUAAUGAUUAUAAUAAUAGCGGAUGCUGGCACAGGUGGGUUCCCUGUUCAAAGCAGCAGACCCGUGGCUACCCUUAUCUAGCUCUUCGGAGACACGCAAGCGGUUUUUAAAUUGCAUGGACAUUCAAGUUGCACGAAAGGCAAAUGAAUACAAGUAACUCAGGCGCUUUUUUUCUCCUUUUGUUUUUGAGGCCACGUUAAAAAAACAAAGAAGAAAGAAAAUUAAAAAAAAAAAAAAAGUAAGGGGCCUGCAGUGGCUGGGCAGCUUUGGCUCAGUGGGGAGGUAACAGGUCCUCUGAGAGUCACCCUGGUUGAUGCAUGUGUUGUACCCCCUAAACCAUCUGGUUCGAGGCUUGUGCCCCUGAAAUGCACCAUAGUUUUGCAGUGAUUUCAGUGCUGUUGGCUUUUCCCUUAGCUUUGGUAGGUGAGGAGGGCAAGUUGGGUGGAGAGAGGGGCAGAGGGCCUCUGUGCCACUGCAGGGGGAGAGAUCAUGGUGGGGGUGCAGCAGGUGGAGGUCCCGGCCCUAUGGUGCUGGGGAGGGGUCAGAGGAUGUUUUGGUCACAUGUACAGGUUUAGGGCAGGGGGAAUGGUCCAGCUGGAGCUGCGGGGUCAUUGCUGAGCCCUCUGCUGCAAAUAUUCCCCCUGAGAGCUUUUUUGGAGAAAGUUUUCAGUGCAAAGUGGCCCAGAUAGUCUUUUGGAGACAAAAAUUAGACACAUAGCACUGCAGUCCCCUGGAGAGCUUGUCUCCCGUGGACCACCCUUGCCUUGAUAGCUAUAAUAUAUAUACAAGCUAUACUGACAAAAUACUGUAAGCUAAUGAAAUGUUAAGGAGGAAAAAAAAAGGUUAAAUUUACGCUCCAAAAAUAUUUAUUUUUGCCAUAUCGCUUUCUGCGCAUCAUAUCUCCCCCACUAUAUCCCCCCCUUCCCCUGCCCUGGGGAAACACCUGCAUGUUAAAAGAAAAUCCAGAGCAAGGCAAAAUACAGAUGGGGGAAGAGGCGGGGGCCCCUGUGUGGGGUGGCUGUGUGUGAGCGGUGCGUGUGUGCGGGGUGUGCGUGUGUGUGUGUGUGUGUGCGCGGGGGAGCGAGCGGCGUGCGCGGCCGCACAGGGCUGCCAGGGCCACGGGCUCUGCUGAUGUACUGAGGUGUGAAAGGAGGGGCAGCGAGGAGUUGGUUGUGAGAUGGUGGUGGGACAGGAGGUUCUGGGAGGGCUUUCCCCUCCCCGGCUCCCUGGCUGCACGGAUGCAGAGAUCUUUUAAUUUUUGACAUUUCUAAAAAGUGAUUCCCUCCUUCUGCGAAAUUCAAGCAAGACAUGAGAUGAUCUCACCCGUAAUCUCCUCACCCUGCCAUUCACCCAUCAGAGAAAACACUGUGUUUAUAGAUAUAUAAAGAUAUAUUUUUGAAAGCCUCUAUUUUUCAGACUUGGUUUUCUCACUGCUAAGAAAAGAGAUUAUAAUAAUGUAAUUUUAUUUUAAUCUGCUGCCUUGGAAACUGGUGCUUGGAACUCCUAUUUCUCUUUUUCUCCCCAUACAAAUGAAGCAGAUCUAAGCACCCCAGAGAUGUUACAUAGAAGCCAACCCCAGCAGAUACCUGCCAAUAGCAUCACACUUGCUUCGGGCCCUGAGCCUCUCCCGGCUUCCACACUAAUCCACUAGCUGAAAAUUUAGACUGUAUCCAAAUCUCAAACACUAACAAAAUCAUCUGAUGAUUGUAUUAUUUUUUUAACACACAGCUAAUCACCUUCCAAUGAUGUAGCCGGGUGUUUAUCAGCUCCCUUUAAAGGCACUUUUUUUCCCUUUAGCUCCCUUUUUAAAGAAGGUUUUAAGGUGUAACACCCUUUCUGUCCCCGGGAGAGACCAUCAGCAGCAUUUAGGAUUGCCCAGGUCCUGGGGCUGGCGGGGACCUAGUGUUGAUAUUUUUUCCUUAUGAAAGGGACAGAAAAUACCCUUUGGGGUUUUUUUUCCGUUUUUUUUUUUUUUUAAGUGCAGUCUUGCUAUUUGAGAUUCGAGCUUGCACGAGUUAAGCCCAGCAUAUGUUUCAUUGUAAUCACACUGCCAUUGUCAGCAGCCGGAUGGUAUCUCUCUCUCGUUCACACACACACACACACACACACAAACACACACAUCCCUCUUUCCUACACAAAGAACUGCAUAUAUUCUUGCCAAAGAUAUCCUUAAAAACGCACUUUUCCCCACAUAUAUAUAGAUAGAUAUAUAUUAUUUUUUUUUUGUGUGUGUGUAAAUUUAUUGUACGUGCCCUUUCUUGUGUCAGUUUGUUCUUUGGAGAAGCCCGUCCUGCCUUUGCUGUCGAUAUUGCUGUCUAUUGGGAAAUGCUCCCUGGGGAGGUAAUUUGCUGUCUGUCCUGCUCAGUGGCACCUGCAGUGCACAAAAUGUGGGGUUCCCAUUCAAUGGGGCUGCCUCUGGCUCUGCCCCUGGGAGCUCUUCUGGGAGAUGAUCCAUGUCAUCAGCUGGUGAUGGGAUGUACCAUUGCAUGGUCUUCACCAGUCCCUCCUCACCGGUGGAGACAGCAGGGCUCAUGGUUUUGAGCAGAGUUUGGGGUUGCUCUGAAUGCAACAUUUGCUGGCUGCCUCCUGGUCAAAUUACACAUGGAAAACAAACCAGGUAGGGAGAAAAACCCAACCCAGCCUCUGGGCAUUGAUUUUUUCAGUGAAUUCAACCGCCUGAACCAAAGCGCAAAGUAAAUCCCCACCCAGCAGGUCGGGCAGGUAAAGAAACCAGUUGCCCCAAAAACCCCAGACAACAGCAUCAACAAAAGGCAACCCUUCCCAUUGGAGCAGGCAGGAUGAUCAGACAGCAAAGGAGCCCGCAGGGGCUUGUUUCAUUUUGUUCGUUUGUUUUGCAAAUUGCGAGGUUGGUUUGGGGUUACUAUAUUUUUUUCUUUUCCUUAAAAAGGAAAAAAAAAAGAAAGAAAAAAGGAAGCAAUAUGACGUUACUGUUGGCGGAUCCUGUGCCGCCGUGUUAUGCGUGGGGUUUUUUUUUGUUGUUGUUGUUGUUGUCUUUGUUACUUUGGGAAUGUUACAGAUUUUUUUGCUAAUCAGUGUUAACAAACAGUUUCAAACUUUUAGACUCGCCCAUUUCUGUGUAUUUAUAUAGAUGGAAAAAAAAUACAUUAUAUUUUGUAUCUUUAUGCCCAUAAUGUUGUCGUGCGUGUAAGGAUGGCUUCGGUCGCACCAUGUCCGUGUGUGAAUGUCACUCCGCUGUUGUCUUCCCAUUGUACAGAUGUCGGAUUCUCUGCAGUUCAUUGUAUUGCUUUAUAAAGUGAUAAAAACAACAAAAAAAAGGAACCAGUUAUAUAAAAUAUACUGUUGCUUGGAAUGCCA